UCCCCCCACACACACACACACACACACAUACACACACGUGUGUGGCAAAAGCUGGCUUUCAACGCUGUCCAUAUUGCAUAUAAUCAGACGCAGGGCCUCAGCAAACUCCAGUCCGUUAACAAGUUGUUGCAAGUGUUUGGCAGCUGUGCAACAAGAAGAGUUACCCUGAUCCACAUCUAUUUUUGCAACCUCAGCUCCACAAACUAUUGGCUCUGAUGGCUGAGCCUGAGCACGUGUCCGUCACAGUCCAGGUGGGAGAAAAGAGAGGCUGUCCGGAGGAAGAAGGCAAAGACACACCUUCGAAGAAACCCAAAGUUGAGAAGGAUCACAAGAAUGGAGACCCUCCAGUCAAAGUGGAUGAGGAGGAGGAAGGGCCUGAUGGGGAAGCAGUUGAUGGAGAAGAGGAAGGUGAAACCUUUGCUGAUAUGAUGAAGCAUGGCCUCACUGAGCUGGAUGUGGGUAUCCUGAGGUAUGUCAGUGACCAUGAGGGCUUCUCAGGAAUCCUGAAAGAAAGAUAUUCAGAUUUCGUGGUGCAUGAGAUCAACAGACAAGGCAAAAUCGUGCAUUUAGAUGACCUCUCCGUCCCUGCAGAGGCUGAGGAAGCCCCAGAGCCUGAGCCCAAACCAGAGGAUUGUGACGUGCUAACAGAAGAGCAGAAGAAGAAGCUUGGCGAGCUGCAGCUCUUCAAAAACAAAGAGGACGAGGUCCCCAUUGAGGUGAUGGAGGAUACUAAAGAGAAGCGGACACUGCUCCACAAAGCCAUCAAGACACAGUUUCCUGGUAUAGAGACAAAGACGGAAGAGAAGGAAGGACGCAAGUUCAUAGUAGCCUACCAUGCAGCUGGGAAGAAAGCUCUAGCAGCUCCAAGGAAACACUUCUGGCCCAAAAACCGUGGCAGUUUCUGCCACUUUGUCCUCUACAAGGAGAACAAGGACACCAUGGAUGCUAUCAAUGUGCUUUCAAAGUUCCUCAGGCUUAGACCCAACAUGUUUUCCUACAUGGGAACCAAGGACAAGAGAGCCGUCACUGUGCAGGAGAUAGCAGUGCUCAAGAUCACAGCAGAGAGGUUGUCUCACCUCAACAAGUGCCUCAUGAACCUGAAGCUGGGAAACUUCUGCUACAAAAACCAUCCUCUGAAGCUGGGAGAGCUGCAGGGCAACCACUUUACUAUUGUCAUCAGGAACAUCUCAGGCACAGACGAGCAGGUCGAGCAGGCCAUGACGUCCAUCAAGGCGACAGGCUUCAUCAACUACUAUGGGAUGCAGCGCUUUGGCACCACGGCCGUGCCUACACAACAAGUUGGAAAGGCUAUCUUAAGAAAUGACUGGAAUGAGGUGGUGGAUUUAAUUCUGAAGCCCCGUCCUGGAGCGGAGAAAGAGUUCCUGGUGCGCUGCAGAGAGGAGUGGGCAAAGAGUCAGGACCCCGAGGCGGCCCUGAAGAAGCUUCCCAACAAACGCUGCGUGGAGGGUCAGCUGCUGCGAGGCCUGUCCAUGUACGGCAAGAAGAACAUCGUCACUGCUUUUGGGAUGCUCCCUCGUAACAACCGCCUGAUGUACGUCCACAGCUACCAGAGCGUGGUGUGGAACACCAUGGUGAGCCGGAGGAUCGAUGCCUUCGGCCUGAAGGCUGUGGAGGGGGACCUGGUGCUCAAAGGAAGUAAGAAGACCCCCUUUCUAUUACCCGUCUGCAAGGGGAAGCAUCGGGCUCUGAGGAUGGAGUUCUCCCUACCUCCAUCAACCUACGCUACCAUGGCCAUCAGAGAAGUCCUCAAGGUGGACACUAGCAUCAAGAAACAGACGCAGCUCAACACCACCUGGUUCAACUGA